AUGGACGACUUCACUGCAGAAAUGUUCGCUACUGGGCGCAACUUUGACUCCUCCGAGAGCUCAAGCCAGCGCCCCAACAAUGACCAGAACGAUGACAAUGAUAAGCAGCCCGAGCCAAAGGCCGAAUCAAGCUCUCAGAAAACGGGCCUACGCGGAGGAUUAGCUGCUAUUCGCCAGAAAGCUAGCUUACAGGACCGAUUAGUAGAAAAACUUCUUCAGCAAGUUAUACCCACGGAUAGCGAUGACCAAACCGAGGUUCACUUCGUCGGUGAUGAACAAUCUGCUACUCAUACCGAGAGGCCGAACUUCAAUAUCACUACCAUGUCCUACAAUUUUCGGCGAUUCAACGCUCGAAUAGGUGUUGUCUUUAAAUUCCAGGCCCGUGCCGAACGUAUUCUAUCCUGGAAGCGCGCGUCGCAUACUCUGUCACUCCUCGCCGUCUAUAGUUUUGUCUGCCUGGAUCCUUAUCUCCUAUUUGUGCUGCCUGUUGCCAUCCUUCUGUUUGGUGUCUUCAUCCCUGCGUUCCUAGCUCGGCAUCCAGCACCACCCAAGGGAACCUUGUCGAGUGAGCAGAAUGUUGGAUAUUCUCCCCGAGGACCACCUUUGGCACCUGCAGCGACGGUGAAACCAGUCAAGGAACUCAGCAAGGACUUCUUUCGGAAUAUGCGCGACCUACAGAACUGCAUGGAUGACUUUAGUCGGGGACAUGACCAGGUCGUCGCCUUACUUGUACCAGUGACCAAUUUUAGUGAUGAGGCUCUCAGUUCUGCUCUAUUUUUAUUUCUUACAGCCGGAGGCAUUUUCAUGACCAUUGCGGCCCAGAUUCUACCCUGGCGCUUCAUAUUUCUUCUCGGGGGCUGGGUUAUCGUGGGUAUGGGUCAUCCGCACGUCGCCCGCCUCAUUGCUGCCGCUCAUCGCGAGCGUCUCCAACCACAAGAGGCUAAAGCUCGUUCGUGGUUAGAUAACUGGAUCAGUUCAGAUGUUAUCCUCGACUCCAGUCCUGAAACGCGUGAAGUGGAAAUUUUCGAGCUACAGCGCAAAACCUCCGGUGGUGGCGAGUGGGAGCCUUGGGUUUUCAGUCCUUCACCUUACGAUCCUUUGUCACAACCUCGAAUUGCAGGUGAACGACCACGUGGAACACGCUUCUUUGAAGAUGUCAUGCCACCCGAAGCGUGGGAAUGGAGUGAGAAGAAAUGGGCUCUAGACCUUUGGAGUCGCGAAUGGGUAGAAGAACGUAUUAUUACAGGCGUUGAAGUUGAGACAGAAGGCGAGCGUUGGGUUUAUGACAUAUGGGACGAGCGAGACGAGCGAACGGGUGUUGUGGACGUUCUUAUCAACGAGAAGGGGAAGCAAAAGGCAACCCCGAAACCAAGCUGGGAGGAGAAUGAAGACGGCAGUGGCCGGAGGGGUGACUGGAGACGACGGCGAUGGGUCAGAUUGGUGAAGCGUAGGGCGGCUCCAGUACAGCCAAGUUGA